AUGGAACAGCUCAUUAACAUGAACGACCUGAAAACAGCCCAGCCGGCCAUUACAGUAUGCAGCCAACACAGUGUGGAAUCGCAAGCUUCCACGCCAAUUGCUUCACAAAUCCCUUCGCUUGUUGCCUCACCAACAGGCCAUCAUUAUGAACCUCUGGCACCAAGCAUACCAAACUCAAACACAUCUCUCAAAAAAGACGAAUUCAGACAUCUGGAGCAUGUCGCCCAACCCGAAGUGGUACGAAAAUUUGCUAAUCCAGCUCCGUUGGGCUUAUGCGCAUUCGCACUCACCUCAUUUGUCUCGAAUGCCAUGAAUUUGUACAUGGCAAAUGGCACAAUAACGGGGAUUAAUAUUGGUUUGGCUUUGAUCUAUGGUGGUAUAAGUCAAUUCUUAGCUGGAAUGUGGGAAAUGGCCCUCGGAAACACCUUUGGCGCGACUACUUUCUGCUCAUUUGGGGCUUAUUGGAUCACAUUCGCCACUCUAUCCGAGAUUGAUACCACCAAUCCCGUAGUUGAGAAAGCAAUCGAGUCGUGUCAAGCUGAGAUCUUGAUGGGGAUAUUCAUGAUGGCAUGGUUCAUCUUCACAACCCUCAUGCUACUCUGCACACUCAAAUCCAGUAUCGCCAUGUUCCUGAUUUUCUUCUUUCUUGACCUUAAUUACCUAUUGCUCGCAAUCACGCAUUUCCAGUGCGGCUCAUCUUCAGCAAUGAUUGCUGCGGUGCAGAAAGCCGGCGGGGUUUGUGGUAUACUGGCGGCGGUCACUGCUUGGUACAAUGCCUUUGCUGGUGUCUUCGACCAAAGCAAUGGAUUCUUCAAUGUUCCUCUCGGGCACUUUCCUUGGUCACCUGUUCAUCAUGUUCACCAGGCGAACAAACACAAAGACGUGUGA